CCUAGGCACCACCAGUAUACAAAACAAGCUUUUCAGUAUCGCCUCUCUAGUUUACAGAACAUUGGUGACUUCGUUUAGUUGUAAUAUUGAUCAUGGCCAGGUUAUCAUGUUCUUAUUUCCUUGUACUCAUGCUUGUGUUCUCGUUCUCAGUUUUUUUAAUUGUUGAAAGAGCUGAGGGAAAGCGAUGUCAUUGGACGAUUGACAAAGAAAUGCCAUGUGAUCCUGUCGAUUGCCGUUUAAGCUGCUUUACUGGGUACAAUGGAGUUGGCAAAUGUUUUGACGAUCCUAAUGUUAGAGGACGUUACAAUUGUGGUUGUCUAUUUAACUGUUAAAAGGGGUUAUAUUAACAUAAU